AUGUGGGUGGUGUUAAAUAAAGCUUUGGGCUUUUGAAUAAAACAUGGCGGCCACUGCAGCAGGAUGUCAACAUUAUGUUCGCAAAUGUUUAUUAAAAGCUCCCUGCUGUGAGAAGUUCUACGUGUGUCGUCUCUGUCAUGAUGAUGAGGAAGAUCAUAAGAUGGACCGGUUCCAGGUCAGAGAGGUGAAAUGUGCCGUGUGUGACUCCAUCCAGGAGGCUCAGCAGGUGUGUGGGGGUUGUGGUGUGAUCUUCAGUGAGUAUUACUGCAACAUCUGUCACCUGUAUGAUCGAAACAAGAAGCAGUUCCACUGUGAGCCCUGUGGCAUCUGCAGGAUCGGUCCGAGGGAGAAGUUCUUCCACUGUCAGAAGUGUAAUUUGUGUUUAGCUAAUGAUCUGCAGGGCAAACACAAGUGUGUGGAGAACGUGUCGAGGCAGGACUGUGCUGUGUGUAUGGAGGAUAUUCACACGUCCAGGAUCCGAGCUCACGUCAUGCCCUGUGGUCACCUGCUGCACAAGACGUGUUUUGAUUUAAUGUGCAGAAACGGGGCGUAUCGGUGCCCCCUGUGCAUGCACUCAGCAGUGGAUAUGGAGGGGUUCUGGGAGCAGAGAGACGUGGAGAUCGCACAGUGCCCCAUGCCACCUGAGCUCAAGAAUCGGAAAAUGAAGAUCCUGUGUAACGACUGUCAGAGCCGCUGUACUGCAGAUUUCCACGUGUUGGGGAUGAAGUGCAGCACGUGUGGCUCUUAUAACACCUCACAGGAUUAAAUCAGCAUCUGAUCCACACCUGAGCCUGAAGAACAUCUACUCCUCUCCUUCAUCCUGCUCAGCCCGUGAUGAUCUCCUCCUCAGUGAUGGCUGAUGUCAUUACUUCUUCACAGACUGUUUUUUUUUGUUCUGAACGUUUGAGCAUUGACAUGUCGGGACAGAUGAUGAAAACGUCAUGUCAGAGGCUGGAUUUCUCCUUCAGCUCCAUCCUACUCGUUCUGUAGGAGACCGCGUGAUGUUAACGGAAUACACCACAUCGUCUUGAACAAAUAUUUAUUCAUGUUCCUGCACCGUUCCUCAAGAGUCAGUGGUUUAAUGAUAGAAAAGGUGAACUGUGUAUAUUGUAAUAAAGCAGAUCUUCUCUCCAGUGAGUAAACUGCUCAAUGAAUAAACAGAAUGGAUCAGAACCA